AUAGCAGCUCAUUCAACGAAAACGUAGAUCUCCAAUCCUACAUCGCAGCUUAGACAUCAACAUUCAACUCUGGCAACAUGAACGUUGUUAUCGUCGGCGGACACGGAAAUGUCGCGAUGCGUCUCACACGCCUGCUCACACCUCGGGCCAAUACGAAAAUUGUCUCGAUCUUCCGGAAUCCCGCGCACUCUGACGAGGUUUCCGCUACUGGUGCAACGCCGCUCGUGCUCUCUCUCGAAGACGCUCCUAAGGAGAGGUUCGCUGAAGUUUUUGGAGGAAUCGAUGUCGUGUAUUUUUCUGCGGGGGCGGGCGGCAAGGGUGAGCCUGAUCGUACACGCAAGGUCGACUACGAUGGCGCACUGAAAGUCUUCGACGCCCUCGAGCUCGUACGUGGCCCCAAGCCGCGGCUGAUUAUGGUCUCCGCAUUGGACGCUCGCGACCGAAACAUUCGUCCGCCUCACUACACUGACGAGGACCUAGAGCAUUCCGUCGCAGCCUGGAAAAUGCUCGGGGCGUAUAUACAGGCCAAAUACGACGCAGACAAGAAUCUGGUCGGGCGUACAGCGUUCAAAUGGACCAUCGUCCGUCCGGGCGCGCUCACAAACGAGCCAGGCACCGGACGGGCGACGGUGGGCAAGGCGCCCCUGAAAUCCGUCAUAUCUCGUGAUGACGUCGCACUAACGCUGGCGUUGCUGGUAGACCGACCGGAUGCUGCUGGACUGGCCAUCGACCUUAACGGCGAUAAUGACGAGAUUGAACAGGCGCUGGACGCCUUCAUCAAGAAGGGAGAGACCGACUUUCUCGGCUGACGUGGACUUAUGUAAGACGGUAAUUAUCGUCGAUUAUACCAGAUAAUAAUGUAUUACUAGUAGCACGCCUACGAUCGCCCUUUCAUUAUCUGCUAGUGAGAUAGUGCUUAGGCAGCCAUUUUGGAACUGUCCAAGCACGGUCCAGAAUGCUGCUUGCUAUCAUCCCAGCAAUGGCUUCAGCACUGCAAGCAUGGAACGUUAGACCAAAUCGAUAGAUGCGCACGGAGGGACUUUACCAAGCAAAAGCUCGGGGCAUGCCAUGUCCCGAGAAACCAGCUGAGAGAUACUGGCCUUUGAAUACCUUCUCGUUACCCGAGGGGUCAAUGACGGGACCAACC